AUGGAUGUACGUGAAGCGGUUGAUCUGCUGACGCCGUUUCGCGUACUACACCUCGUUGCAGCUGCGCUUUGUGCACAGGUGCCAUGUAACCCACAGAUUGACGGAGCAACUGGAACUAACGCAGCGGUGCAAGAGCGACGCGCCCUCACCUGCUUACACUUGCUCCAUGUCGCUCGUGCUGGCCCAGCGGAGAAUUUUGACUGGCGACUGAGCAGUCCUGACACAUACUUUCCAGCACGCUCUGUACUAGACAGGUUGCCGUCGGCUGAGAGGGAAGAACUCCAACACUUUGCAGACCGCUGGGUAGAGCUUACUCGGCACGUUUUGAGCGAGUCUGUUGACGUUCUCUACGACGCCUUUGAGGUGCUCUUGGGUGACUUGUUCGUGAGUGUGCCGCUCUCACUCGGUGAUGUCGUGCUCGGUUCGCUGCAGGUUGACGAGAGCUUUCAGUCACAUGAGCAAUCAGAUACAUUUGAGCGCGGUAUAUGCACUGAUAGAGUGCUCCAGCGAAGUGCUUUCGCCGGGGGAAGCGCACUAGGCACUUUUGUACGUCGUUGUCGCGUUGCUUUUGAAUCGCUUCCAUUUGAGGCCGUCGCUCAACUGCAUCGGGAAGUGACGCUUGACCAUACGAAGGCACCAAGCACUCAUUAUGCAAACGUGGUACAUACCUCCUUCGACUUUAGUGCAGUUCGACGCGCGGCGCAUCGUGCAGUGCGUGCGAUUGUUAUUGCUGGUGGCCCGCCGCAUCCGCGGGACCGAGCGCUUCUGAAGGCAUCCACUGACCCAGCGGCUGAGCUCUUCCGCUGGGUUGACGCCGUAUGGAGGCGGAACCUGAACGAGGCGAAUUUCGCCCUCCGGCGUUACAACGAUCUGGCAAUAGCCCGAUGCAAUAGAGGUAUGUUCGAUAGCGGCCCUCAGGAGGCCGCUGUUGCGGUUGCGGGCAUGCUGGUACUGAUGGGACACCCGGUGCAGGCGAGAAUUGCACUAGAAGAGAGCAUUCGCGUUGCGCAGCAGACCGGUGAUCAUGUAACGCUCUCGAGAGCCUUGACGUGGAUAAGUCGCCUCACGGAAAAUGAGCGCAAGCGGCUGCGAUACCUCAAAGACUGCUGGACGCGUUCUCCAAAACUCAGCCAAGAGAGCGUAUUAGCUCGCUUGGCAGCUGCGCACACGCUUCUGAAUAUGAAUUUUCCCCUCGGAAAUCAUACAGCUACCAAGUUUCGGAAAUGGCGACGAAUUCUUCGGCACAUGGAGUGCGCAUACGCUGCGAGCGUGAACUCUCCAGAGGACACACAUCUGGUGCUCGCAUCGAUGCACACAUUGGCAGUCCUGUCUGGACAGCCGCUUGUCCUUCGAGAGUCGCUUACGGAGAUGCGGCUCCGGUCGCUGCUCCCAAAUAUCAGGGAAUUUACAGAAGAUGGAGAUCACCGCACUCACGAUGAAACUACCUCGAGUCUCUCGUCUGUAGAUCAUGAUUCGUGCGAAUCGAACGCAAAGAAAGCUGGCGCCGGCGCAAACUUUGGAGAGCAUGAACGCUCGAGGCAUCCUCUUGGAGAGCUCCCCGUGCAGUUACAUCAAUCCGCCUCGAUUGAUGAUGGACCGGAAGAUGCUGCUCAUGUCGAUGCGAAUUUUCUACUGACCUCGAAGGAGCUUGGAUUAGCCCCUACCGAGCAUCUCGCGAGAGCUUUGUGCGCUGCAAGCGCCGAAACGCUCAUGAGGCAUGGCAUUUUGCGAGCUUCCUGGACAGCUGCUUUGCCGCUUCGGAACGCUUGCGCUCUUGUACGAGCGGCUGACGAUGAGCCCGAAUCGUCGCCCGUUUUGCGCAUUUUGCACCAGUGCCUCGCUCGGAUCGCGUUCGAGUAUGCGGUCGCCCGAGAGGAAUGGCAGAUCGCUGCCGCCUGCCUAGAGCGUCUAACAUCAUUCGCACCUCCUAUCGUGCAAGAGAAGUAUCCAGAUUUGGCCGGAAACUCCGCAUCGACGGCUACCUUGAACGCCAUAUUAGAUGUGCUCGACUGUCAUGCGCGAUUCUGGCUCUGUCGUGCACAAGUCUCUGAAGCAUUAUAUUUCGCGGAGGAAUUCGCUCAAACCGCUAACAAAUAUGCAGCCCUUGGUUGCCGCUCGCGUCUCGUUGACGCUUUGCUUCUGCAAGUUGAGUGCUAUCUGAGCGCCGAGAUGAAUGCGCGGGCGCUGGCGGCGUCGCUGGCAAGCAUAUCUCUCGCUGAAUCCAUUGGCGACGAGCCGCGGCGUUUUCGUGGUAUUCUGUCCCUUGCACAGGUCCGAUUAGCAAUGCAAGCCGUGGACUCCGCAUCUCGGUUGCUUGAGUCGGCAGACUCUAUGCUUCUGGAUCAGAAAGAUUCUGCGUCCCUCGGUAGUGCAGCUCUCUGGAAGUCUUUGGUCAGUGAAGAGAGCUGUUUGUCACAUUCAGAUAGGGCUCGAGUCUGGAUGAUGUUGGGCGGAAUCGCGCUUGUCAAGAUGCAGUCGCAGCAAUCCGUUAACACCGGAGAGGCAACCAGCUGCUUCGAGAUGGCGUUCAGGACAGCGGACUUGGUCGCCCUUCAACGCGAGGCGUUGUUCGCGCUCCUGCAUACCCGCGGUGCCAAGACGGAUAUCGCGGCCAUGACAAACUUCGAAUUUAAGAUGCAGUGCGUACGUCGACAGCAGAGCAGCUGGGCGGAAGCUCUGCAAGUUUCCGGCUCCACCGAAUGGGAGCAAAAUGUAUGUUGCUACCUCCAGCAUACCCGAACAGAAUUUCAUGAAUCCAGGAAUUCAGAGAGCGAUCUUUACAUGGAAGUCGCGGCGGCAAACCGGAAAAGCGAGUGUUGA